AAUAUUAAAAUAGGAAAAGAAAAAAACUGAGCGAAAGCAAUGCGAAUAAUAAUCAAAACGGAGAUUUAACUCAGCAACGAGUUCGUGAACCGUUACGCGCGUGUUCGUAAAGUCGGACAACUCAGCCGGUGCUUUUCACCUUUGCCACUUUUCACUCGCCAGAACUCGGUCGACUCAGUGACUCAGACGCUGCGACUCUCUCUCCACCACUCUCAGAAAUUAACAGCUCUCGAGGCCUCAAAAUCCACGGAGAUCUCUCAAAUUUUGAAAACGAAGAGCUUAGAAUUCAAUUUCAAGUUCAAUUUUCAAAACGAUUUCAGAGGGACCAAAGCCACAUGGAAGCAGCGGCCUCGGCUCCUCCUUGGAUCCCUGAAGACGACCUUCGCUUGAAGAAGGCCAUGGAGGCAGGUGCUUCUCUGGAAGCACUUGCCAAAGGAGCUGUGCGAUUUUCGCGCAAGUUCUCGGUCCGGGAAUUGCGAGAGCGGUGGUCCUCGCUCCUCUACGAUGCCGAUAUCUCGGCCGAGGCCUCGUUUCGGAUGCUGGAAGUCGAAGGUUGCAAUUCCAGCGCAGCGUUCAAGUCUAGUAGAGUCGGCAGUUCUAGGGAUUCAAAGCGAAAAGGCGAAAGCAUACGCAAACACUAUUAUGCUAUGCAGAAGAGACUCCGCACUUCUAAUUCCGUUGAUCCUAACUCUUAUCACAAAAAAAUUUUCGAUCCCAAUUUUCUGUUCGCGCCACACCUUGAUAAUGGCAAGGAUUUAGAGGAAAAUUUUGGGGUUGGAGAUCAUAAUCAACCCUUGUUUAUGGAUUGCAAUGACAAUGAGAGCAAUGCUGAGGAUGCAUUUCGUGCUGGAGAGUGUGUCUCAAUUGGAAAUCAUGGUGUGGAGGGAGUUGUGAGGGAAGGGUGCCCUAAUGUAUUUGUGGAACAGGUUUCAUUAUUGCCGAAUGGAUUAGGAGAGGAUACUUUUUUCCACGAUCCUGCUUGUGAAGAUUUGCCUACUCAGGGAGAUGAUUUAAUUGAUUUUGCAAAUGCCCUGGAUGUGGAAGAUAUAGGGCCAUCGCAUGCAUCGACAGAUGAGCCUCUUUGGAAAACGAUUGAGGAUGUACCAGCACCAGAAAUGCCAAUUGAUGUGAGCCUCGGGGUUAAUGGUGAGGAUGCCAAAAAGACAUUGGUAGUUCCUGAUGAUGCGGAUGGUGGUUCAUCUCAAUAUGAAGUUGUCCAUUCUGAGACAAUGUUGAAUGAUAGAGAAGUUUGCGAUGAACUGAAUAGGUCUGUAACAAUCUCCGGAGGUGAUUAUGCAGAUAUAUACCUUACGAAUGAGGAUGAGCUCACCUUCAUGGAUGUAAAUGGAAAGGAGUCAAUGGAUAAGUCCUCUUAUGAAAGCCUGAAGCCGAUUCCAUUGAGUUCUCCCAAAGAUGUUCAUGAAUAUGUUGUGCCUGAUCCAUGUCAACCUCAAAAGUUGAUUUCAGACUCAUUCCAGGAUGUUUCACACAAUGUGCAUACUGCCAAGAUGCCCGACUCUUGUCAACCACAAAAUUUGAUUUCAGAAACAUGCCAGGAUGUUUCACACAAUGUGCAUGCUGCCGAGAUGGAUGUUUCCGCUAAACCGUCUCACUCUCUGCAUGACGAGCAGCGUGAUAUUUCUUCUGCUGAAGCCAAUAAUCCAUCAUCUACAUCAGUGCCAAAUCCUCUUACUCCUGAACUUCGUGAGAAAGAUAUGAUUUGCACAUUGAAUACCGAGGACCCUGAAAUCCCAUGCAACGAUGAUAUAUUUCCACCUACUGGAACAGUUCAUGCUGUAGUGCAGCCAACCUUAAAAGAAGCUAGUGGGUUAGCGUCCUCUACUGGCAAAAGAAAAUGUGAUCAACAAACAAUAACCUUGACAAAAGAAGAAGAUCCUGCACAACCUUUUAAGGUUCCUCGGAUGGUAGGACAUGACACAAUUACAGAAAACAGCCCCAACCAUGCACUUGUUUCUUUUGGAAUUAAAGCUGCAUAUGGUGAUAGUAACGGUCUAGCUUCAGUCUCCAAACAUGAUAAAAAUGUCACCGCCGACCCAAGCCAAUGCAGAUCAGCACAUCAACCUCCUAAGUCUAUCCCAAAUCGAGUGCUAAAAGAAGAGGGAAUAGUUGCUUCAUCUACAGUUGCAGAACUUGCACCCGUAAUCACAGAGCCAGGUUCUACUAAAAUGACUUUUCUAGAACCAGAAGCCAACCCCUCAGCACUAGAUUGUGAAGAAUCUGAGGAAGAAUCUGAUGACGAUGUUGAUGAUGAUGAUGCUGACAUUCCCUAUUUUUCUGAUAUUGAACAGAUGAUACUUGAGAUGGAUUUAUGUCCAGAUGAUCAGGAUUCAUAUUUCAGUAAAAUAGCCUCAGCAUAUCAAGAUGAGGAUUCUAAAAGGCAUAUUAUGAGAUUAGAACAGUGUGCACGAUCCUCUAUGCAAAGAGACCUUGCAUCUAAAGGUGCACUUGCUGUAUUGUAUGGUCGCCAUGUAAAGGAAUAUAUUAAGAAAACUGAGGUAAUACUUGGCCGGGCAACAGAAGAUAAUGAAGUUGAUAUUGAUUUGGGAAAGGAAGGGCUACACAACAAAAUAUCUAGACGGCAGGCCGUGAUAAAGAUGGAAGGAGAUGGUUCUUUCUCUUUGAAGAAUCUUGGCAAGGGUUCAAUUUUUUUGAACGGCAAAGAAGUUACUAUUGGACAGCUUGUUAGCCUUAGUUCAAGUAACUUGAUUGAGAUUAGGGAAAUGGCCUUUGUCUUUGAGAUAAAUCACAAAUACACCAAGUUUGAAUGGUCGCCUGGGAGAGGUCCAUAAGUGGAGAAAAUUGUAAAGGCAGUCGCUUAGUGUACAUCGUUGACUGGGACCCCACUGCAGGAAUCAUGCUUAUCGACGGCUGACAGCCACCCACCGUGCCCGUCGAUGGCUGUCUCUAGCAUUACUCAUCCUGUUUGCAAGCUUAAUUUCCCAAAUUCACAGUAGGAAUUCUGAAGGAUCUUCAUGAAUGGUGGUUGGUUGGACUUGGAAAUACCAAACGCGAAUCUGCUUGGUGGAAAUGGGGUGGCUUUCUGGAAAGUUUGCUGUAUUUUCAAGUUUGUUAGCUCUAAUAAGCUCUAAUAAUAAAAGUGCUUAAUUCAA